CUAGUAGGGUCAUAGACAGAUAGACUUAGUAUUAUAAAAUGGCAUAAAUGCAAUGCAAUUCCAAUUAAAAUCCCAAAAAGUGGUUUCCUGGAACUUAGUAGGCUGACUCUAAAAUUUAUACGGAGGAUCCAAAUAUAGCGGAGACAACCUUAAAGAAGAAGAAGGAAGGAUGUUUCCCAGAAAAAAGAGAAACCAGAGUUCAGAUUUCUGUUUAGAAACUGGAAGACGUGGCCACAGUGGGCCCUCACUUACGGAGAACAAUAAUCAGCUGGCGUUGACUAGCGACUGUCCCUUCAGAUAGAAUAUGUGCUCUCCAGUUCACCCGGCACAUUUUUCUGACUUAAGGUACCUGGUGUAGAUAUUUGAUUGUGUGAUAGUUACCUGGGGUGGGAGGUUAGGGUAAGAGGAAUGGAAGAGAUUAUUUAAAAUACAUAAGUUCUGUUUGGUUUUGUAAAUAACCUCCCCCAAGGAAAGACUUGGCCAGACAAGCAGAAAGAAUAAAAGAGAGGAAUGUGUGAACCCACGACUUUGAUGUUUCUGAUAACGACACGAGUAUGAUCAUGGGAUGUGUGGCAAAGAAAGGAUGGAGGAAACCAUGUCAGAGGUUAUAAAGUGGGGGAACUAGAAGGCCCACAUGGCGCAACAGUUGGAGAUGUUGGCUUCCCAGAGACCAAUAUGUGGAAUUGGAGUGAAGGGAAAGAUCUUAAGACAAGAACUCACCGGGACUCCAAAAUGCUAAGUAGAAGCGGAAGACCUGGGAGAGAAAGAGGAAAGAGUCCAAGGCAGAAAGGAAGCAUAAUCAUUCCCAGAAACCCAUCAUGGCCCAAGCUCCACGACAUGGGCUAUCUCCUUAGAUCCCCACAUUAGUUCUCUGAGAGUGGAUAUUAAUAACUCUUUGUUACGGAGGAACAAAUCUAGGUUACGAAAACUGAGGUCAUUGGCCCCAUGUGACAAGCCUGAGAUUUGAAGCAAUCAAACUAGGGUCUCUUGACUCCACAGUCCAUCUUUUUUUUUUUUUCCACUAAAGUCAGACAGGUUACUGAAGCACCCUGAAAUGCGUACAGAUACGUGUAAAGAAAACAAAGCUGACAAAAACUGAUGUUAAACCCAUCCCCUCAACCACUCAAAUUUUUAUCAAUGCUUCCAAAGCCCCAGUUGAGACAGAUGAGGAACAGAUUCUGUCCUGUGCUAACUCUAGCCAGGGACUCUCUGUGUUACAGAGGUUUCCCGGAGAGGCUGAUGCAAACAGUCCUUGAUCUACAAUGUCAGAAGCAAAGCUGUUGCAGAAAUAUAAGCCACCUACACGUGGGGCCGCCUAACUCGGCCACUUGACGAGCGAUUGUCUCCAAGCCUCUGCCUCCUGUAAAAUGGGUAUAAUGACAGCAUUGUUUUGGACCGUUCCAUGUGAUAAAGCUUGCAACGUGCUUAGAACAGUAGCGGGCACUUAAACGCUCAAAAUAUUUUAACUGUAAUCAUGAGUAUGAUGGAAGUCUUUCUAAAAAAAAUAAUGCAGUAUGACUUACUCGGAAAUGUCCCAAAAAAUAAGGACUGAUGGAUAGACAUGUCAUGUGAUAAGGUAAAGUAAAACUUUAAUGAUAGAAGGCUAAAGCAGUAAAAAGUUAAAGGUAAAACGUUCACUGUAAAAGCCUUUCAACUUUCUGUAUGUUUGAAAAUGUUCCUAAUCCGCCGUUGGAAAAAUAAUGCAUUGUAGUACGCCUCGGGAGAAAGGAGAGCGAAGUUUUGUUUUGUUUUCAGAGGAAAAGGAGAAAAAAGAAAACAAGAGGGCGAGAUCUUCCUCGACUCUGUCCCGCCUUUGGGCUGCGGGCCGUUAGGAACGCUGCCUGAAUGAAAUCAUCGAGCACCGCUUGCGAAAGACCAAAUCCUCGAGAGCGAGGCCCGGGCUGCCAAGCCCGCGCGGGGUCAGGCCCGCGCCCCGCGCCCCGGCCCGCCCCGCCGCCGGGAGGUGGGGUUGCAGCGGGCCCGGCCGGAAGCUCGGCCCGGCCGCUCGCUCGCAGGGGGCGCCGACCGCCGCUGGCCGCUCCGCGCCGCGAGGAAAUACCUUUGGCGGGGCGGGGUAGAGAAGAGUCGAAUUUCAAGAAAAAAAAAAAAAAAGCAAGAAAAAAGCCAGAGCCCCACAGCGCGGGCGGGCGCGCGCGAUGGGCGCCCCUCGGCCGCGGGGGCGAGAGGAGGAUGCUGGGAAGGAGGCAAAAUGGCCACCGGCGGCGGCGCGGAGGAGGAGAGGAAGCGGGGGCGGCCGCAGCUCCUGCCCCCCGCGCGCCCGGCGGCCCGCGCCGAGGAGGCUGAGGGCGCCCGCGAGAAGAUGGGCUGGGCCCAGGUGGUGAAGAACCUGGCCGAGAAGAAGGGCGAGUUCCGCGAGUCGCGGCCGCCGCGGCGGGAGGAGGAAGGCGGCGGCGGCGCGGGGGGCGGACUCGGGGUCCCCGCGGGCCUGGCGGCGCCGGGCCUCGGCGACUUUCCCCCGGCCGGCCGCGGGGACCCAAAGGGCCGCCGGCGAGACCCGGCCGGCGAGGCGGCCGACCCCCGCAAGAAGAAGGGCGCGGCCGAGGCGGGCCGGAGGAAGAAGGCCGAGGCGGCGGCGGCGGCGGCCAUGGCGGUCCCGGCCCGGCCCAGCGCGGCCGAGGACGCGGCCGAGCGGUCCCCUGCGGACGAGCCGGCGGCGGCGGCGGCCCCGGGCAAGGGCCGCUUCCUCGUGCGCAUCUGUUUCCAGGGCGACGAGGGCGCCUGCCCGACGCGGGACUUCGUGGUGGGCGCGCUCAUCCUGCGCUCCAUCGGCAUGGACCCGAGCGACAUCUACGCGGUCAUCCAGAUCCCGGGCAGCCGCGAGUUCGACGUGAGCUUCCGCUCGGCGGAGAAGCUGGCCCUGUUCCUGCGCAUCUACGAGGAGAAGCGCGAGCAGGAGGACUGCUGGGAGAACUUUGUGGUGCUAGGGCGGAGCAAGUCCAGCUUGAAGACGCUCUUCAUCCUCUUCCGGAACGAGACGGUGGACGUGGAGGACAUCGUGACCUGGCUCAAGCGCCACUGCGAUGUGCUGGCCGUGCCCGUGAAAGUGACCGACAGGUUUGGGAUCUGGACCGGGGAGUACAAGUGCGAGAUCGAGCUGCGCCAGGGGGAGGGCGGGGUCCGGCACCUGCCGGGGGCCUUCUUCCUGGGCGCCGAGCGGGGCUACAGCUGGUACAAGGGGCAGCCCAAGACGUGCUUUAAAUGUGGUUCCCGGACCCACAUGAGUGGCAGCUGCACGCAGGACAGGUGCUUCAGGUGCGGGGAGGAGGGGCACCUGAGCCCUUACUGCCGGAAGGGCAUCGUGUGCAACCUCUGUGGCAAGCGAGGACACGCCUUUGCCCAGUGUCCCAAAGCGGUUCACAAUUCCGUGGCAGCUCAGCUAACCGGCGUGGCCGGGCACUGAACAACCCGCCUGCCCGCCAGGGUGAACACAGAGCCAGCUUACCCCUCUGAAGUGCCAAAACUUUUUUUGAAACCAUUUUUUAUCGUUUUUGAAGGAGAUCUUUUUAAACCUACAAAGGACAUCUCUCUCUGCCUUCUUAAACCGAGUUUACUCCAUUUCAGCCUUUUCUCAAUUGGUGACUCUGUCAUCAAUAAGGACUACCAAGAACUGUAGUGUGCAGAUAUGUCGUCCCUCCUUUUUUAAUAUUUUGUUUUUGUAUUUGGGGUUUUUUUUUUUUUUUUUUUUUUUGGUAAUUUUUACUCCUCACGCCUUGUCUUCUCCCCGGAUGAUCACCCUUUGGGCUGCCUUGCUCGUCGUCAUGCCCCAGCGCUAGGUUGGGGCCCAGCACGUGGUAGGCACUCGAUCAGUGUUGUUGAAUUGAGGAUGUUGCUGCCUGUGGCUUCUGUCAGGGUGUCUAUCUUUUGCAGCUCUUCCCUUCCCCUUUUAAUUUGCUGCUUCUAAUCUAUGUGGUCUGAGAAUUUGUGAAACCAGUGUUGUUAGAAGUGUAUGUAAUCUGAGUCAAUAAGCUCUGAAUGGUGGCCAAGGGCCUCUCUUAUGGCAUUCAAAUGCAUGGACUUUGUGAUAGCUCUUUCAGUGGCUCAGAAGCCAUUUUUCAGAGAAUCACGGAAUUUAGAAUUUUCCUGCUGGAAAUGACCUAAAAGUUGGUUUAGACCAAUCCCCUGGUUCUUCCAGCCGAUGAAACAGGCCCAGAGAGGUUAAAUGACUGGGUCAAAAUCACAUGGCUGUCUGGUGCCAGAGCUAGCCUAGAGUAGAGUUCCCUGACCCCAAGCCCGGUGCUCAUUCCACUACCUCUCACACUUCACAACAUACUCCUCAACACUUGAGGGCCCAGAAAGUCUGAUCUCUCCAGAAUAAUGAGCCUAGAGGAAUGCCAAGAAGUCAUCUGAAGGAGGAAGCAGAAAAAGAAGAUUUAGCAGGGGCUUCUGAAUACUUGGGAGAUAGAGAAGGGACAAAGGAAGGUAAUGCAGGGUGCACUUGUUGCUCCCUGGGGUAUCGUAUGUGGAUUGAAGCGUGCCAGCUCCUUUGGGCCCUCCCCUUCCCCUUUCAUUCCCACCAGUGAGAAAUGGGGGUGCUCCUGAGUAGGGAAACCUACCAGAGGUUUGCAUUUGCGCCUUAGCCUCAGUAGCUAGAAACCCCAGAAAAGCAGCUAAGUGGAGCUCAUCUGCGACCUCCUGCCUCUCCAGAGAAGGCAAUUUUAACCCGGAAUUAUGAGUGAGCUGUUGGCUCUAAAAUGUACUUGCGAAAUAGGCCAAGCGAGAGGGCAUUGGGUCAACUAAGUGUUAAUCAAGUUAAAGUAGAAAAGACAGUACACUGCUUUUCUUUUAGUUUUUGUCUUUGCUUUAUGUUUUGCUAUUUCCUUGUGGCUUAGAAUGUAAAACCGAUUGUUAAAAGUUUUGUUCUGAAUAAAUAUUUAUCUUUUGUAU